CUCUUAACGCAGUGUCAGCCUGCGCAUAUUUUUUUUAUGACUGCAGCUCUCCCAUGCAUGUCGUGCCUCUGUUUGUGUGCAUGUGCAGAAUCCUCAAAUUCUGAACAGUGAGUGAAGGGAAUGGGGAAAAACCAGAAAUGCUAAAGAAAUAAAUGGAAAGAGGAAAGAAAAAAGGGUGAAAAGAGGAGCUUCUGCUUGGAUGUAGUCGUUGGGAGAUAGAUGCUGAGGACGGAACUGUAUGGAAAGAGGCAAUCUAAGGAGAGAGAGAGAGAAAGAAAGAGAUUGUAAGGGGGAGGAAGAGGGGGAGGCAGAAGAGACGAUCUGCUGAAGGGAAGCAGCAGAUUUUUACAAGACCCUCGGCAGCUCCCUUCUGUUGCUGUGGAGAUGGGCUGUUGGCUCUCUGGACCAUGGAUGGGUGACCAAACGAUGAAUGGGCGGAGUCUAGCACACCUUAGCCAGCGGGAUGCUUUGAGGAUUAUUGCUGCAAGUCAGCGCCCCAUUACCCUGCAGAUCAAGGGCCAGAGGAGGCGGGGUAAUGACGGAGACAGGGGCUCCUGGGAACCCCUACCACUUAACCUGCAGCAUCUCAACCUACCUCUUCCUAUGAGGGGGACAGGAAUGAACACAUCUAGCCCCUCCUAUCCAGACAGGCAUUACUACAGUCACCUGUCUCUGCCACAGGAUCACUGUGAUGGAGGAUGGUAUAGCUAUAUGUCAAGCUCUCCACAGGACACCGUAGAAAUCAACCAUCAGGAUCUAGAACUCGCCAGUCGUCGACAAAAGAGGAAGAACUGUCUGUUGGGAUGUUGCAAUCCUGAUUUAGAUGAACCUACCACUUGCCACAGCCAGACAGAUGAUGAGGACUUCAUCCUGGAGAAGCCAUUGGGUUUCAUGCCCCUUCAUCAUGAGCUGGACAGUGGCCUGGGCUGGACCGAUGGCUCCCUCCAUCAAGGGGACCUCUCAGGACUGGAGACAGAGGAAGGAGGUCUGGAAGACUGUCAUCCACAUGGGAACUUUCCCACUGGAGGGUGUGGUGGGUUUGGAGGUGGGGGAUCUCCAUCCUCAGAGUCUUUUAUUUCCUCCGAGCUCAGCGACUCAGGCUUUUAUAGUGUAAGCACUGGGGAGUUCAGGCACUUCCAAAGGCUCCUAGAGAAGAGGAUGCGUCUGUACAAUGCCAGGAUGCAGCAUCAGAGUGAGCAAUGCGAGAGGCGAGAGAGACGUGACAGCUGCCCCAAGAGCCACCGAGAGCUGCUCGAGUCCAUACCAGAAGCCUUGACAAUGCAGCCCCCAUGUCAGCACCUACAACAUGAAGAUGGAGCCGGGCCGGUCAUGGAUGUCCAACCUCGUGGACUUUUCAGGGUUUCUUCAGUCCAGUUUCAUAAAGCUGACCGACCAUGUCUGAACCGUCACAGCUCCAGCAGCGGAGCCCUCUUCAACCCCUCCCACGCUGCAGUACCACGGAUUAAUGCUCCGGUCCUCUCAACCUGCAGCACGCCCUCCAGUCAUCGAAGACCACAUAUUCCGAUGCAGCCACAGUACAGCCACCAGGGUUCAAGCUCAGUAGGGAUGUUGAGGAGAAGCCGAACCCUUCACCAUCGACCUCCUCCACAGGAAUACCGACGUCGGGCCAGCCACCCAGCAUCACCUUCUUAUUGUGCUGCUACGCUUCACUACUGUGGAGGUGUCACGCCACACAAUGUCCUUCCACCAGGCCUGCCAGAGGAAACUGAGCUAGAUGCUGGUGUGAUGGCCUCCCACUCUACAGGCAUGACCCUAUCACCCCAACAACACCCGGCUGCUCUUGGGCAUGUCAGAGGCAACAGCAGCAAUGAACGAUGCUACGACAACUCAAGUGGCCAGAUCACUCAAAAUGACUGGUGGCACACACAAGACAGGGACCCAAUGCCAGAGCCGAUGGCAGAAAGAGAAAGGGAGAUGGAGAGGGAACUGGAACAAAAGAGACAAUUGCAAAAGGAAAAGGAGAUAGAGAGGGAGAGAGAGAGGGAGCGAGAGAUUGAAAGAGAGAGGGAGAGAGAAAGGGAGAUGAAGCUUCAGGAGGAGAAGGAAAGAGAAAGGCAACUGGAACUAGAAAUGAGCAGAGCUAGAGAGCAGCAAUACCUCCAGAGUCAUGUUCUCCCAUCCCAGCCAGGAGACGUCAAUGAUACCUGGCCAAAACCAGCCAGUCGUCAGUCUUAUGGAGCUGGAGGAGGUAGAGGUCUCUAUAGCACUUUGGAGGGCCACACAGGAAUGGGUAAUGCUGCUGAAUGUGAGGCAAAGAACGGACAGAUAAAUGAAAAUCCCAGUUCUAAUCCCAGUUCUGGUCAUCAGCCAAAACCUAAUCAAAGCUCUAGACCCAACACCACGUCACGAGUCACAAGAAGCCAGUUGCUCAGAGACCGAGCACAUCAGCUGGCAGACGAACGAAGUGGAAUGAGCACAGAUGAAGAGACCAACACUGACAUGCUGCUGGGGCGCUACUGGAGUCGAACAGAGAGAAGAGAACAUUUUUUGUUGGCCAGGGAGCAAAAGCAGCAACAAUUGCUGGCCAGAGGAGGGCCUGUACGUGAUGCUGUGAGCAGGGGAGGAGCAUCUGCUGGAGAAGGAAGCUUAAUGGAGAGCAGGGGAGUCGGACCUUUUGCUGAAAGACGAUGCAAAACCGUCCUUGAGUUGAGUCAACGUAAGCUGAGUCGUCUGAGGAACAGAAAGCUGUUAGAUGACUGGACAACUGUAGAGGAGCUUCUGACUCAUGGGACCAGGUUGGAUAACCAGGAGGAGAUGAUAUGUCCAAGCUCCCUGUUGACAGUGACCACUGUCUAACUGCAUGUGUACAAUGUCUAAUUGAAACUCUGUGUGAGCAUACAUGAUCUUAAACUAACACUAUAACAUUGUCUGAAUCGUCUUGUUCUGUCUUUCUUAGAGAUGGAUGAACAGAUGGAUGUCAGCUAAGUAGGCAUCUAAAAGUCAGUUCUGUCAAAGUUUGGAUAAAAACAAACAAUGUGAGAAGAAAAUCAGCAGUGGCAGCUCUCCCAACAAAACUUCAACUUUCUUGGGUUCCUCAUAAAACUUCAAUUAGAUAUCCAGCCAGCCUUGGUUAGAUCACAUCUGCUUUGCUUUAGCUAUGACAUUUUUUUCUAAAAGCCCCAUUAGAACGGACAGCAGUAGAGUAUCUGGUAAUUGUGACAUGGUUCAUUGCCCAGGCAGUGUGCGGAUGCGGUGGGGCUGAUGAGUUGUGUCGGGUCAGGAGCACUUCACAUAAGCAGCAUGUCUGUGGCAUUCAAACCAGUUCUGUAUUGAUUUUUGCAUGCACAGUCAAUGGGCAGCACAAUGCUAGGCGGCGUCAAAUUCCAGCCUUUAACUUUAGAGCUAAAUUAAAUGGCUAUUCCUUUGUGUUUGAUCAAGUUUUGUAAAAAAUAAAUUUAUAGGCCAAAUCUGUAAUGUAUAUAAUGAUAAAAUGUGAGCUAUAUUAUUCUACAACGAUUACAGACUCUCUAAAAUACAGUUUGCAGAAAGUUUAUUUCAUUUAUGAAAAUGCAUAAAAUAGCUUGCAGUCUAUUACACAAAGGAGUAAAACUAAACAUGUAUAUCCGACAUUGGGAUUUUAUGUGAGGUGCAGAUGGAAAGGCUUGCCCGAGACUCAAUUCAUUCUAGAAUCGUCUGACUUUAUCCACAGAUUGACACGUAUUACUGUUCCCCUGUUGUUCUUAGCAUAUUAUUAAGUGCGAGUUGUAAUUAAAGUCUUUUAGGACUUCAUUUGUUAUUAAUAUCUGAAGUUCAAAGACAAAACUGACAUCCAUUCUCUAAUUUCUCUGUGGAAGAAAGAACAAGAACAUUCCCACAAUAGUUGCAUUGUUGUUUUAACAAAUAUGCCUGGAAUGGGAAACUUCACUCUCAUUGCUUUGCAUCACCUCAAAUGAUAGCUUUAUGUGUGGGUGUGUGACCACUGUACAGCACUCCGGACCAAACGUGUGAGUCAGUGCAUGACGAUUGAAAUGCUAAACAAAUGAGCAAGGUCUGAUAACCUUGUAUGUGUUUGCACCAUGUGAUUCAUGCUACACACAACACAGUAUAUUUCACACAAUCUUUAAAAUAAUUACAGAUAUUUGGGUUUGGAUCUCCAAGAGGGGAUCAAAUAUUUUCAGGAGCAAUAUUGCUGUGCUAGAUAUUAGUUCUUGUCACACAUUCCUCUCACGCAUAUUUAAAAAAGACAAAAAUCAGUUACAGCAAUGCUAGGCAACGUGAGUUUUGAUACAAAAUCUCAAACUUAUCUUUUUUUUAACUUAUUUAAUGAAACCAUAUUUAAGAAAAGGAGUCUACAUAGGUUUGUUCAAACACAAAUGAAUACAUAUGCUGCAAUCUUUAGGAGGUUUUUUUAUGCUGCAUUUAUGUAACACUGUUGAUGCCAAAACA